AUGGCCGACCAACUCAAGCAAGCCGGCUCCAAAGCCCAACAGACCGCCUCCGAAGGCACCUCCAAAUGGGACGCCAUGAGCGAAGAGCAAAAGAAGAAGACCUUCGACGCCCUCCCCGAAGACCAGAAGAAAGGCAAGACCUACAUGGAGUGGCUCUCCGAGGGCUACCAGCACCAGAAGGAGAACUGGAUGCCGUGGAUCGAGGAUAUGUAUUUGAAGUGGUUCACGAAUGAUAACAAGACGAGUUAUGCGACGAAGAGCACCCUCGACAAAUCCAAAGUCACCGGCAUCGAACAAGUCGACACUCUGCAAGACGGCGUCAACAACCUCGUCGCGGGACAAGUCGGCAAAGGCGGGCUCUUCCAACCCGUCGGCGACAUGGUGAGCAAGGAGGGCGUCAACCGCGCCGAGCGAGGCGGCAAGGAUACCGAUGGGAGCUACGGCGGGCAGGCGGCUGCGGCGGUGGAUCCUGUGGCCAAGAAUGCGCAGAGUGCGGGCAGUUCGAUUUGGUCCGGCGCGCAGAGUGCUGGCGGGUAUGUUGGGGGGAUGUUUGGUGGGGGGAGUAAGGAGGGGGAGCAGAAGAAGUAG